AUGCACAAUUUCCCCAUUGACACCACCACGCAGAUCUCAGACGACAAUAGACAUGGAACAAUGCCAUUCCUUGAUCUGCCAUAUGAAAUCCUUCAGCAGAUUAUCUCAUAUCUGCUGUCCAACCGCGAUGUAGCUGCUCUUUCAAUCCAAUGCCGCAAACUCCACGUUAUGUGCGACAUGCGAGCGCGCCAGAAAUAUGAACAAAUCAUUGUGUACUCCGAAGAAGGACAUAUUGACAAUGUCUUUGAAUUGCUCAUGAACAUUCUAAAAUCUCCUAUUUUGGGCCAAUACGUGCGGCGUAUCGAAUGUUUGGUACCAGAAACCACGGAUUUGGUUUACAAAGAGGUCAAAUACCAACGAGACCUGAGCAACGAGGAGAUGGAUCUCGUGCGGAAAACAGUCAGAAAGGCCGGCUUUACAGGAUCAAAAGAGGAGCAAGUCGUCAAUAUGCUCAUGCAGAGGAUUACGAAGGAGGGACGUUAUCUGGAUGGACAGCGGAACCGUCCCGGUACAUUCAUCUGUCAAGCAUUGACUAUCAUGUUGAUUGUGGUAUCGCCAAACCUCACGUCGAUGGCCUUUCCAUCUCCCAUUGACGGUGACUGGCAGUUCCCGCUUGCACAGUUUCUCACCGAGGCCAACGCUAGUCCCGAGAGCAAGCCGUAUCUCCGCCUUCUCCACGAUGUUGAUCUGGUCUACCAAAAAUUGUGGUUCUGGGAGGCUGGUGAGCGGUCUUUCAUGCAAAUGAACUUCUUCGACUCUUUGCGUUACCUGGAUAGCCUCUUGUCUAUUGAAUCUGUCAACGCUGACAUCGUGGAGGAGGAAAGAUACACCGAGCAUGAUUUCAGAGUUGGAUACUCUAAUAUCAGCAGAAUGGCCAUUGAUUGUUCGUCCCUUGAAGCUCUACCGCUUGCGGUCCUGAUAUCUUCGUUCAAGGUUCUCAGGGAAUUCAUAUAUUAUGCUGGAGGCAUCCUAAGUUGGGACACACCGUUCAAUCCCAGGACAUUUUUCAGAGCGAUGUGCCGGCACAAAGACACCCUUGAAAUCCUGGACGUUGACGUCGCAUGCCAAUUUAAUUUACUUGACAUCGGAGACGUGGAUAGGAGGGAAUACGCUCUGCAAGAUGAUGAUAGCAAUUAUGGCCCCUAUCCAGACAAGGCACGUGCCAAAUUUCUUUCGCUAGUACAAAAGCAACAUGGCACCCUGAAAGACUUUGUGGCCUUGAAAAGGUUGAGUUUGGGAAUAGAUAUGCUCUUGUACUUCGCCAAGGGCAUCACCUUCGACCGGUGGCUACUACCUGAGGGGUAUGAGGAUCUACGCUUGAUAGAUUGUUUGCCGGAUUCGCUGGAAUAUUUGUGCGUGCGGGGAUACCGCAAGGGCAAGAACCCAGAACACGAUAAACAUAUGAAGGGGUUGUUGGCCCUUUUCAAGUCUGGGUCAUCUUCACUGAAGGAGGUCGAGGGAAUUGAAGCAACUGUUCCAUUUGUCCGCAGUCCAGAUGACAUCGAACACGACCCCCGGGUGUGGGCCUUGAGGCCUCUGAACGAUAGUGAUAGUGAGAGUGAGGUUCAGAGCGGAUUUGAGGGUGGGAUUGUGAGCUGGGCUGAGAGUGAGGUCGAGAGUGAGGUUGAGAGUGAGGUCGAGAGUGAGAUUGUGAGUGCGAGUGAGAGUGACUAG